UGCGGCUAAUAGGGAGUGAGAUAGGGAGUGAACAGGCUCUCCAUAGACAGGCUCUGGCAGAAUGGAUCGUGUACUGACCACUCCAGUGUUUUUUAGCUUUGUGUUUCCUCAUAGCUUAGGUCAUAUGACUGACUCGCCGGCUGUGAGAAAGACACAAUUGAUAUGAUACGGUUCAUGUUUCAUGUUUUUUUACGUUCAGGCUGCCUUCAACCACAGGUGUCUUUGGUUUAAAACCCUUCACAAGUGUAUUCCUUCUGAGCCUCAGUAGACUAAUCAUAAUUUGCAGCAGGUUUCGUUGACACAAUGGUUCAGUGACUUAAUAUUUUCCGGGUCAGCCAAGUGUCAUGCCGCAACCAAAUGGCUACUCCAUCAACUCGGCCCCUUCGGACGAGAGCGAGGACAUUGAACCCCUCAUUGAGAAUGAUGCAGUUCCUCCUCAGUGCUGCUCGGCUCGCCUCAACCUGGCCUUCCUGAUGUUUCUCGGGUUCGCUGUAGUCUACGGUCUUCGUGUCAACCUCAGUGUUGCCAUGGUAGCCAUGGUGAAUACCACUGACCCCAAACCAGCCCAGAACACCUCCGUAAUCUAUGCCUGUCCACUGCCAGCAAGGUCGGAAAACACCAGUGACACUUUCCCACAACCUGAGGGGACCCCACAGUACCCGUGGGACUCGAAGACUGAGGGCUGGCUGCUGGGAGCCUUCUUCUUCGGCUACCUGUGCACACAGAUCCCGGGGGGCUACCUUUCCGGUCACUACGGGGGGAGUAUCUUCCUGGGUUUGGGUGUGCUGGGCACUGCUGCCCUCACGCUGCUCACCCCUCUGGCUGCCCAGAUGGGUUCGUACUGGCUGUUUGCACUACGAGCGUUGGAGGGCUUUGGAGAGGGUGUGACGUUCCCGGCCAUGAUGGCCAUGUGGGCUCGGUGGGCUCCUCCUCUGGAGCGCUCUCGCCUGACGACCCUGUCGGGAUCAGGGGCCAACUUUGGGGCUUUUUUGGCUCUGCCGCUCACCGGCUACAUCUGCCAAACCUUAGGCUGGCCCGCUGUCUUCUACCUCUGUGGAGGUGCUGGUUGCCUCUGGGCAGUCUUUUGGUUUAUUUUUGUAUCCAAUGACCCUCGCACCCACCGUCGAAUCAGUGAAGAGGAGCGAGAUUACAUCAUAAACUCUAUCGGACCUCAGGGCACAGGUCAUGGCUGGUCCAUGCCCUUGCGGCCCAUAAUGAUGUCCGUCCCUCUGUGGGCCAUCAUCAUCACCCAGAUGUGUUCAAACUGGAGCUACUACACCCUGCUCACCUCCCUGCCCACCUACAUGGAUAAUAUCUUGCACUUUGACCUACAAUCGAAUGGUUUCCUCUCCGCUCUGCCAUACCUCGGUGCCUGGUUAUUCUCGACUCUGUCCGGUGUCGUAGCAGACAGUCUGAUCGAGAGGAAGGUGUUCAGCGUCACCAACGUACGCAAGCUCUUUACACUCGCAGGUGUGUUGCCAGCGUCAGCUCUCCUCGUGGCUGUGAGUUACGCCGGCUGCAGCCACAUCCUCACCGUCACCUUCCUCACACUCUCCACAACCAUAGGAGGGGCAACCGCCUCCGGAGUCUACAUCAACCAAAUAGACAUCGCUCCUCGAUAUGCAGGAUUCCUUCUAGGAAUCACCAACACAUUUGGGACCAUUCCUGGAGUCUUGGCACCCAUUGUUACAGGGUACUUUACUAAGGAUCACACCCUGGCAGGCUGGAGGAUGGUGUUCUGGGUGGCUGCUGGGAUCCAGGUCGGCGGUGCUCUCGUCUACACAAUAUUCGGCAGCGGGGAGAUCCAGCCGUGGGCCGGCACCGAGGAGGAGAGUGCAGAAGCUAAGAAAGACAGGAGCAGGUCCGUCUCCACAUAAAACAUACAAGUUCAGGUGAAUACAUCUGACAAACACAAAGAAAAGUGGCAGAUGGUGUACAGCUUUAAAAGACCGUGGCAUAUAUUUAAACCCAGGAGAAUAGAUUUGAGUACUACCUCCUAUGAAUCGAUGCAGUAUUCACAAUCAACAAAUAUGAAGAAUGGGAGAGGUGUACCGACAAUAUUUACAUCAAGCAUACAGUAGCUUAACAUUUUUAUCCGUGGACCAGGAUUGUUUGAUCAAGAAUAAUUUUAAGGUUUUUACAUUGUCUGUGGAGUUUUUAUCAAUAAUAUCUUGCAAUGUUUACACUCAGGUGGCAUUUUAACAAUAAUUCCAGCAAAGCAAAUGAUUUUAUGCACAUUUUUAUAGUAGGCUUUUAAAGUAGAAAAAUUACCUCUGCUGGAUAUUUAAUGCCUUUACCAGUCAGAAACUUGUGAAUAAUAGUACUGUUCUCUUGUACUGCUUUCUGUUGUAAAAGGUCACAGAAACAUCAUUUAAGCUACAACUCUUUUUAUUAGACUAAUAUUUACAUUAUAAUCAGUGAUAUUUGCACCCAGGUUAGAGAAAAACAAAUGUGUAUGAUCUUUUUUGUGUUUUUUUUUUUUUUUUUUUUUAAGUUUUUCUUGAGCUGUGAAUGAGAUGAGACCACAUGUAUAAUCAACCAAACACUUUAAAGCUUACACUUUGCUUAUUCAGCUGCUUCGUUUACAACCGUAUAUGGUUUCUGACCACUUCUAGACUGAAAAUAAACACCAAAGACCUUAUAUUUGGUAACCGUUCCAAUAUUGUAAUAAAUCAUCUUUCUAAGAGAUUUUAAUCAAUUAUUUAGAAAGAUGAGGAUUUUAAGUUUUAGUUUCAUCCAGAAAACCAAAGCACUUUAUACUGCCAGGAUUUGAAUAUUUUUACUAAAAGUGCCAUGAACUAUGACUUACUUUUUGAGUAAUGUUUCUAAGAAAUAUAGGGAUUUGCAGUGUUUGUAAUCUGUCAUACAUUUUUCAACUACAAUAAUUAGAAAAGACAAGUCAUGCAGUAUGUCAAAAGUGCAAUAAUUUAUUUACCUUCUGUGUGUGUUGAAAAUGUGUGAGGUUGUACAAUAUGUAAAAUAUGUUUUAUUGUGAAAAGAAUCAAGUUUGUAUUACUGAGCAAAACUAAAAUAUGUGGCAUCAGAGUGAA